GAAGAGCUUGACUCGUCCAUUUUCCAUGUUCGUGUUGCACUCGCACUUUGUCCCAAAAGACAUCGGCGUCACUCCGACAUACUGGAUAAUCUUGGGAGACUACUUUGUGUGCAAUUCGAGCAAUGCAGGAGAAUAGAAGACCUAGAGGAGGCCAUUAAGCACCUCCGGGCUGCUCUACGACUUCGCCCAGACGGCCAUUCUCGUCGCUCCGCGUCUCUCCACAGCCUUGCGAUUUCCCUUCAAAUUCGAAUUGAACAACAUCGACAAACUGCAGAACUUGAUGAGGCCAUCGAGCUGAAUCGUGCCGCCCUGCAACUUUUGCCCGGUGACCAUCCCAAACGCUCCGCGUUUCUGAUUAACCUUGCCUCUUCUCUUCAAAUCCGGUCUGUACAGCAAGGACAGACCGCGGAUCUCGAUGAGGCCAUCGAGCAUAAUCGUACUGCCCUUCAACUUCUCCAGGACACUCAUCCCAAUCGGUCUAGAUCUCUGAAUAACCUUGCCCAUUCCCUUGUGACUCGAUUUGAACAGUGUGGACAGGCCGCUGACCUCGAUGUGGCUAUUGAGCAUCACCGUGCCUCCCUGCAACUUCUCCCCGGCAGCCAUCCCGAUUACUCCGGUUCUCUGAAUGACCUUGCGAAUUCUCUUACAACUAGAUUUUCGCGGUAUGGACAGCUUGCGGACCUCGAUGAGGCCAUCGAGCAACAUCGUGUUGCCCUGCAACUUCGUCCCGGCAGCCAUCCUGAUCGCUCCGCGUCUUUCAAUAACCUUGCAAAUUCCCUUGCAACGCGAUUUAUACAGCAUAGACAUACCGCGGACCUCGAUGAGGCCAUCGAAUAUCAUCGUGCUGCUCUACAACUUCGUCCCGUCGGCCAUCCCAAUCGUUCCUCGUCUCUGAAUAACCUUGGGAUUUCCCUCCAAACUAGAUUUAAACAGCACGGACAGACUGCGGACCUCGAUGAGGCUAUCGAGUAUCAUCGUGCUGCCCUGAAACUUUUCCCCGACGGUCAUCCCAAUCGUUCUAAAUCUCUGAACAACCUUGCAGACUUCCUUUUAACUCGUUUUGAACAGCAUGGAUGGACCGUGGAUCUCAAUGAGGCCAUCGAUCAUUCUCGUGCUGCUCUGCAACUCCAGCCCGACAGCCAUUCUGAUCGCUCAGGGUCUCUCAGUAUUCUUGCACGUUCACUUUCAACUCGGUUUAAGCAGCAUGGACAAAUUGCUGAACUCGAUGAGGCGAUCGAGUAUCAUCGUGCUGCACUACAACUUCGCCCCGAUGGCCACCCCGGUCGUUCUGAGUCAUUGACGAACUUGGCUAGUUCUUUGUUUCUCCGCUUCAGGAAGUUUGGGCUCAUGGAUAACUUUGAAGAAUCUUUGCAAACACUUGAGCAUGCCGCCGAGCAUGAGUUCUCUAGUUUUGUAAUCCGCCUAAGCUCUGCUAUGCUUUGGUUCAACCUUGCUCGAAAUCAUGCCCACCAUACUGUGUCCAGAGCUUACAAGGUAGCAAUACUGCUCCUUCAACGUGCUCUUAUUGUUAGCCCCACUCUUCAUACACAACACGACUUUCUCAGAGGGACAGGCAGCUACGGACAGCUCACGUCAGAUGCAGUGGCAUAUGCUGUAGAGGAAGGCAGGCUUGAGGAGGCUAUAGAGAUGCUUGAGCAAGGAAGGGGUUUACUCUGGUCACAGAUGCGUGGUUUUAGGACGCCUCUAGAUCGCCUCGCUGGAACAAAUAGAGGUCUUGCUGACAGGUGCAGGAAUGUUAGUCAGCAGUUGGAGAAUCUUGCAACAUCAACCACCUUGCCACAGUCUGAUUCAAGCAUGGCCGGGAAUGGAUUAUCUCUGAAGCUGAAGAGGCAACUCUCUAUCGAACAGGAGGAACUUAUCAAUGAGAUACGACAGGUUCCUGGCUAUGAGAGCUUUCUUGCAACCACGCCAUUUAAAGUACUUCAGCAGGCGGCUUCGGAAGGUCCAGUGAUUGUUAUCAAUUUUAGCAGGUAUCGAUGCGAUGUACUCGUCGUUCUUUCCUGCGAGGAUUUACCGGUUGUCUCCAUACCAUUAGAUGAAGGGUUCUUUGAGGAUAGUAUCAAGUCGUGUGCUGACCUUUGGGAAUGGCGACAGAGAUUUACAGCUGGCUCGCCCGGAUAUGAUGAGAGGCUCGUCAAAAUUAUGAAGAUGUUAUGGGAUAGAGUCGUCUCCAAGGUUGUCGACAAACUAAGGGAGAUUGGGAUUGCUGAGGAAUCGCGCAUUUGGUGGUGCCCUACAUCUAUGCUUUCCGCCCUCCCUUUUCAUGCGGCAGGGCCAUUCAAAGGUGAGGACGGCACAAUCAAGUACUUAUUGGACAGCUAUGUGUCAUCGUAUACCCCAACACUUGGAGCUCUCAUCGAUGCUCGUUCAAGGGAAUCACAGGCUGAUCCUGCAAUGCUUAUCGUUGGUGACACCAAAACUCUUGUAUCGACCGAAAAGGAAGUUCGUGCCAUUCGGGGCCACACACGAAGCUACGUUCCCUCUCGCACAAUAUUGCUCAAUGAGAGGGCGAACCGUGAAAGAGUCCUGCAGCGUCUGCAGGACGUGACGUGGAUUCACUUUGCUUGUCACGGGCACCUUGGAUCAUACCCCAAACCGUUUGAUUCUUCUUUCCAGCUCUCCGAUGGCGCAUUGACGUUGCUCGAUAUCAUCCGAGCUAACCUUCCGAACGCCGAGUUUGCGUUUCUCUCUGCCUGUCAUACUGCGGAACAGCACCCAUCCCCGUCGAUCGACGAAAAUAUCCACCUAGCUGCUGCUAUGCAAUUCUGUGGUUUUCGAAGUGUGAUCGGGACAUUGUGGGAAAUGUAUGAUCCGGAUGGGCCAUUGCUUGCCAAAGAGGUCUAUUCAUACAUGGUGGACCAUGAAGAUGGUGAAGUGAGAUAUAAGCGGUCUGCAGCCGCGCUUCGCAAUGCUGUUUUGGUAUUGCGAAGGCAAGAUGGUGUACAGACAGAGCGAUGGGUCAACCUGGUGCACAUUGGUGCUUGA